UAACCAGACUCCUAACCUGCUGCUCACAUUCAGUGUGCUUGUGUGCGGAGUAGGUUGUCAGGAUGGAAGAGAGUGCGGCCGUAUGACAAACUCAUUGCGCUGCUGGAGCGCUCACAAACAACAGACCUCUGACAGUGGACAUCUUCAAACCAGUGGAUGUAACAAUAACUUUACCGACUGUCUUCACCGGGAUACCUUCUUUUCCAAUUGUUAUUUUUUGUUUGUUUUUUACUUUCCAAAUCCCGCCUGCAUUUAUUUUGCCUUCUGUUGUCAAGCAUCCUACCUGCUUAACUCCUUGGCUAACUUCCCACCUCAGUAACCCGCCAUCCCAGCAUCGCUUCUUUCCCACAGCAUCCCGAUUCAGCUCUCCUACAUCGCUGCUGAACCAAGUCGCUUCGGGCGGAUCCGUGGGUUACCUUAACAGCGCUUCAUGGGGAACGCUUACUCCAUCGGAAAAUGUCCCUCUUUUGGCUGCUAAGCUGUCCUCCGAAGCUGCCAGCACAAGCACGGGAGUUGUCGGAGCGUCUCUGUGAAUUAUCCCCUAUUCUUCAGCGUGUUCGGGGGACGCCGCUGAACUGAGAUGGGUCUCUCGGCAGCGGCGCCACAGGAUCCCCGACGUCCGCAGCAGUGGAGCAGGAUUAUGGGAGAAUGGAUCUGGAUCACAAUUAUUUCGUUUUUCGCAGCUAUUCCCGUCCAACAACUUCGUGCUUUUCCGUCUUCAUUAAGCGACUGUCAGACGCCGACGGGAUGGAAUUGCUCCGGUUAUGAGGACACAGAUCCGGAUACCGAUCUCUUCUUGUGUGACACCAACUCAUGCAAGUUUGAUGGGGAGUGUCUUCGCAUUGGGGACAUCAUAACAUGCAUCUGUGACUUCAAGUGCAACAAUGACUAUGCCCCCGUCUGCGGCUCCAACAACGAGAACUACGAGAACGAGUGCUACCUGCGGCGUGACGCCUGCAAACAGCAGGCAGAGAUCCUGGUCAUGUCUGAGGGUUCCUGUCCUGUUGAUGCUGGCUCUGGCUCAGGAGAUGAAGGUGGCGAGGGCUCGGCGGAGAACGGUCAAAAGGAAACGUCCACCUGCGACAUCUGCCAGUUUGGGGCCGAGUGCGACGUGGACGCCGAGGACGUGUGGUGCGUGUGCAACAUCGACUGCUCGCACAUCAGCUUCAACCCUGUGUGCGCCUCGGAUGGCCGUUCCUAUGACAACCCCUGCCAGGUGAAAGAGGCGUCCUGUCAGAAGCAGGAGAAGAUCGAGGUUAAGUUCCUUGGACACUGCCAGGGUGACAUGGUAACAGGGACCAAAGCAGGAGAUGGCCAGUAUGUCAGGACUGAUUACACAGCAGAGGAGACCAGGAAGACGGAGCAGGCCGGUGAGGUAGCUCGAGGCCUCUACAUCCCCUGCCCCGAGCACUACAAGAACUACUGCGUGCACGGCGACUGCGAAUACCCCAACAUGCUCUCAACCCCUUCCUGCAGCUGUCACUCAGGCUUCAGUGGGCCCCAGUGUGACACUAAGGAGUACAACGUGUUGUAUGUGGUGCCAGGUUCCGGGAAGCUUCGCUACGUCCUCAUCGCCUCAAUCAUCGGAGGUCUACAAGUGGCUAUCAUCUGUGUGGUGGUGCUAUGUAUCACACGCCCGUCAUCCUGUUUUGCAGGAAGUGCCCCCGCACAAACCGGAUCAACCGGCAGAAGCAGAACGCCACGCACUACAGCUCAGAGAACACCAUGCGCGCCUCUACCCGACUCAUCUGAGCACUGGCAGCACGGGAUCAUGGGAAAUAGAGUAGAGGAGUGGACCUGACUGACACAAGAUGGCCGCCCCCCCCCCUUCCCGCCCUACAAACACACACACGCACAUAUAUACGCACACACACAGACACACACACACAUACAUCCCAACGGAGGCGCCUCAAAACUCCGCAAGCCCCAGCGGAGAGGGGAGGUAGGGGCGCAGGCGACAGGAGGGCACGACGAUCGGGGAAGGAACACAUAGACUGAUGGGAGGCCACACGCGAUGCCUUGCACCCGUGGUACGGGACAUACCAGGAAGAAGAGGACACAACGAUACUAGAGUACAAGCUUUUGUUUAUGUAUGGGUAAUAUUUCCAAUAGUUACUUUGUUUGUCUUGAUGGGGUCUUUUUCUGUAAUGUAAAUAAAUAAUUUAUAUCACAA